AACAAUGGCAGGCAUGCAUGUAUGACCCAUGAGAAGUAUAGUACCAUUUUUUUAUGUGCAUGAAAAUUUAGAGACUGUGACUGGUGUGGUGAGAGACAACAAACAAUCUGGUCUGGGGUAUAGUAAGAAAGAAAAGAGAAGCUUGUUAUUAUGCUCAAAACAUAUAUAAAUCUAUAUAUAACACCACACUACCCCUUAUGACCCCAUUUCACACUUUCUCUCUCUAAAUGGUUUUUCUCUCUUCAAAGAGAAAGAAAGAAGCAAGGCAUCUCUUUCUCUCAUAAGCUACCACUUCUUCUGAUAUAAUUUUUUUUUUGCUUUCUCUUGAUCCUCAGGAAGUUCUUGGCAGCCAAUCAUGACUGGCGAUACCACAGUGUCAAGUUACUGGCUGAACUGGAGGGUCUUGCUUUGUGCCCUUUGGGUCUUAUUUUCUAUGAUUCUGGCAUUUCUUAUAAUAUUCAAGUUUGAAUGUUCAAGGAGACCAAGACAAAAUAUUGGAGAAAACCAGAAUGAAAGAUGUCCAGGAAUUUUAUAUGAGGAUGAAACUUGGAAGCCUUGCUUGAAAAAUGUCCACCCUGCUUGGCUACUGGUUUUCAGAUUGGUUGCUUUCUUUGUUCUUUUGGUACUGCUCAUUGUCACUGCUUCUGUGGAUGGAGGUGCCAUAUUUUACUACUAUACUCAGUGGACUUUUACAUUGGUUACAUUUUAUUUUGGGCUCGGAUCAUUGCUUUCAAUGUAUGGAUGUUACCGGCAUCAUAAAAAAGCUAGUGGUGAUAAGGUGGAUAGUGUCGAAGUAGAUGCAGAGCAGGGCACUUACAUGACUCCUGCACUUGUAAUAGCAAAUUCGUUCAAUAGAGGAAAGAACUUAAGCCCCCAUGCGGAUCAUAACUCUCGCAAGCCUGCAGGAUUUUGGAGUUAUGUAUUCCAAAUAAUUUUUCAGAUGAAUGCAGGUGCUGUUAUCCUCACGGAUUGUGUCUUUUGGUUCAUUAUUGUUCCAUUUCUUACCAUCAAAGAUUACAACUUAAACUUUCUGAUAAUAAAUAUGCACACAAUCAAUGCUGUCUUCCUACUUGGUGAGACUGCUUUAAAUUGCUUGAGGUUUCCUUGGUUCAGAAUCGGAUACUUCUUCCUUUGGACGAUCUUUUACGUAAUUUUCCAGUGGAUUGUUCAUGCUUGUGUAAAACUUUGGUGGCCAUAUCCAUUCCUUGAUUUGUCAUCUCCAUAUGCUCCACUAUGGUACUUCUCCGUGGCUCUAAUGCAUAUCCCAUGCUAUGGCAUUUUUGCUCUAAUAAUGAAGCUCAAGCACCAUGUAUACUCAACAAAGUAUCCUAAUUCUUAUCAAUGUGAGAAGUAAUUUGUGGUAAAGAAGACCAGCAAAGGCAAAAAACCAACAUUCUUUAUGGAAGAGAAAUACAGAAGUCAAAGAUUAUAGAUCAUAGUUCCAUGUCUUGAACAAGUUUAUAGAAUACAUUGUUUGUUAAGGUAAGUUUUGGAAGACACACAAGAUAAGAUGUACAAGAAAAAAGUAGACAUUUUCUUUGUUUAGUUUGUUCAUAGAAGCACUCCUACAGAAAUGGCAUAGUUUGUAAGUACACAAAAAAAUCAAGAGAACUCGGAGAGAAAGAGAGAGAUCUCCCCAUUCUCCUUGUUUAUUCUAUUUCAAAACAUAAAAAAAAAAAAAGAUAUAAAUAUAUUUUUUCUCCUAUCUGUUUUUUGUUUACUUCUCCAAAGUCUAUUUGUGUAAAUAAUUGGCCAAACUAUGGUCACCAGCUUGAUAUAUCUAUAUUUCCAUUUAAGAAAAUUUAUUCACAUUCUGAAGAUUA